AUGGUCGCCAACAUGAGUCUCCAAUACAGACAGAUGACGAUGUUCGCGCCCACAAACGAAGCUUUCCAGAGGUACAACGGUGAAAUGGACGACAACUUAGUUCUGUACCACAUAUCCAAUCUUGCUACGACGCUAUCUAACCUAGACAAUACCAUAUCAUCCGAAUUGGAUGGGAAUCCGCCCUUGUGGGUAACACGACGACGCGAUACAAUGCACGAUGACGUAUACGUCAAUAAUGCUAAGGUUUACAUAACAAGAUCCUAUCAAGCCGUUAACGGAAACGGAAAACUUCAGGUUUUGCACGUGAUAGAUCAAGUUCUACAGCCUCUGCAGCCGCACGGUCCAAUAUCGACCAGCACUCCUGUCUACAAUCCAAAUGCAUAUCAGUUCUUGGAACAUUCCGAUGUAUUUAAUAUUGGACAACAUAGAUUGAGGUCUUUCCGGCAAAAAGUAAAUCAACUUCAGAAGAAAGAAGUUUUCAACGCUGACGGGAGACAUACAUUUUUUAUUCCCGUAGAUGAGGGAUUCAAGCCAACAGCUAGGUCGGACUUUAUUGACGAGAAAGUGAUAGAUGGGCAUGUUAUUCCUCAUCAUGUUUUAUUUACGAAAGCGACGCCUGAUGGUCAGGAAUUCGAAAGCAUGGCUUUCAGUGAUAACGUAAAAGUCAUCAUUUCCUUCAGCAUUUCUGUAAAUGGACAAGAAGAAAUUACUUAUGUAAAGUCUAAUACGGUCGCCGGAGAUGCAAAACACAGUCGAGGCGUGGUGCUCGCUGAUAUUGUGAGAGCGAAUAUACCUGUGAAGAACGGCGUCGUACAUCUUAUACAGAGGCCCCUAAUGGUGGUGGAUACAUCUGUGAUUGAUUUCUUGAAGGCAAUGAAGGAAAAGGAAGACGGCCCUCUCUGCAAGUUCUACGAGGUGAUAUUAGACUUGGGGGAGCAUAAUCAGUUCCUCAAUGAACUAACUUUGGCAAAGGAUAUUACUUUGUUUGCUCCUUCUAAUGAAGCCUGGAAUGAAAAUAGUGUUCAAAAUAUUAUCAGAAAUCAUCAGAGGCUUAGAGAAAUAUUAAAUUUGCAUUUAGUUAGAGAGAGGCUGCCACUAGACGCGAUAAUUCACAAUAACAUGAACCAGCUUCCUGGAUCAAUAUAUCAAGCACCGACGGCUGCCCCGCGCAAAUAUCUGUACUUCAACGUACUGAAUAGCAAUUCCAAUCAGACACUAACGGUCGAAGGCGGCGGUGUGAACGCAACAGUCACGCAACCGAACAUAGCAGCAACUAAUGGAUUCGUACACAUAAUCGACCGAGUGCUCGGCGUUCCGUACACGACUGUGUUCGAGAAGCUAAAGACAGAUCCGAUGCUUAACAUAACAUACAAUCUCGGGAAGCGGCAAAUGUUCAAUCAUCAACUGAGCGAUAUGGAGCACAGGUACACGUACUUUGUGCCGAGGGACCACGCAUGGCUUAAAUUCCAAAUCAGGCAUCCGUCUGCGUAUAAAGCACUCUUUAGGGAAGACUACGGUUAUUAUACGAAACAAAUCUUAGAGCGUCACGUCAUCCGAGCAGGGAGAGCUUACACCGUAUCGGACUUGAAGCUGCUAGCGAAUGAGACACAUCCCAUUAUUUUACCAACCACCAGAGAUCCCCUAAAGCUGCGCGUAAAGGAGUCGGACAAAAAUUACUACGUUGAAUGGAAUGGUCACUGGAUACACGUGUUCAGGCCAGAUGUCGAAUGCACCAAUGGAAUCAUCCACGUGAUAGACGAGCCCUUCGUGUUGGAAAGCGACAUACGGGCUACGGGCAGUGCGGACAAAAAUCGCAUAGCAAAUACAUAUUUCUUGCUUUUACUCUCCUAUGCUUUCGUCAGGAUUUUGAGAAAU